CCUCUCUCCCUUCCUUUCUUCUGCUGUCAAUCAGAACAGAGAAGGUUGGGAUGCUGUUUUCAAGCUCUUUCCUGCUGGUCAUAUCUUUGACAAUCUGCUCUGCCCAACAUUGGUCUUAUGGCCUCCAACCUGGAGGAAAGAGGGAUGCUGAAAAUCUGAUAGAAUCCUUCCAAGAGAUUGCAAAUGAGGUGGACAAACUUGGAGAGCUGCAGCAUUUUGAAUGCAACGUGCGCCAUCAGCGUCCAACGCUCAGAGGCCUGAAAGCUGCCCUUGCAAGUCUGAUGGAAGGAGAGAAUGGACAAAAGAAGAUUUAA